ACCAAGUAGGCAGCUAGCGGAGAUGGCGGCUGUGGACAAUCACUCGUCUAUGAACCGCCGAUAGUGAACGUUUGUUUUCUUGGAUUUCCGAUAAGAAUUAUCAUAUUAAUAUAUUCAAACACUUAUUAUACGCAAGUAAUAUAUAUAAUAUAUAUAUAUAACAUAUACACGUGUGUGUUUAUAUACAUGCAUUCGAAUAUUUAGGUAUGUAUAUAUUAUAAUUGUAUAACGUAUGUAACGUAUAUCUUAUAUUCUUAUACAUUAUAUUAUAAUACAUACACACAUACAUACAUAAUAUACAGUCACACAGACGCGUGCGAGUGUGAGUGCGUUCGUUUAUCGCACCGAACACAACGGGGGUCGAUUUGUAUAAAUAAUAUAAUACUUAAAAAUCAUUCAGAUAAGGUCGAGACAAAAGAAAGAAAAAAAUUCCGCUGCCAUUUUGUAACGCCCGAUGAACGAGUACUAUGACGGAUUGUUUCGGACUAUGCCGGUUAUUCGAACGGGAACACUCGAGCGGCAAGAUGGGUAACGAUCUGCCUAAACCGAACGAGAAUUACGUAGUGGUACCGACCGGUGACAACAUGUACCUAGUUCCAGUGGAAAGAUUAUAGUUAUAUUGCCAGAUAGUAAAACUAGUUUUACUAUCACGAACCAUUUUAAUGUAAUGAAUAAAAAAAAAAACAAAUACUUGAAAUCAUUAGAAAUCUACGUUUAUCUUGCACUAGUUGCAUUAUCUAAAUACAACUAUGAUUCGCCGAACACCAAACACGACUGGCAUGGGUCCAUUAAAUCUAGAAUGGAUUAACUACUGUUUCGUAAAAAACGGACAAAAACACAGGACCGAUAAGUAUUCUUGUAUGUAUGAAAGGAAUCCAACUUUAGUGAUACGCAGAGGAUUUCCUAUUUGCUUUUACUUGAAAUUCGACAGAGAGUUUGACAUGGCUAAUGACAGUGUGUCGUUUAUGUUCAAAUUGGCUGAAACUGGAGAUGCAAACUUUGGAAACAACACUAUGGCUGCUGUGCCCUUAAAGGAAAAUCCAAGUAAUGGUAAUGGCCAUUGGUCAGCGUACGUGAUGUCUACUGAUGACGUGGACCCAAACGUAGUCAGCGUUAGAAUUACUCCACCGAAUAACUGCAUUGUGGGACAAUGGAUAUUUGACAUAGACACCCGAUCUGGACAAGAAGCAGCUAUGUUCUCAGCUAAAGGAAAUCCAAUUUACAUACUGUUCAAUCCAUGGUGUCCAACGGAUGAAGUUUAUAUAAAGGACGAUGCGCUACGUGACGAGUACGUGUUGAGCGAGGAAGGACUCAUGUGGCGCGGAAGUCACAGCCGGCAGAAAGAAGUCAUGUGGAAAUACGGCCAAUUUCAAAAGAACAUGUUGGAAAGCAGUUUUUUGUUAUUGUUGAAAAUCAGACGGUUAGCACUUAUACACUGCAGCGACCCAAUAAAAGUAUCAAGAAGCCUAUCGGCCGCGGUAAACGCCCCUGAUGAGUUAGGUGUCGUUCAAGGCAACUGGACUGAAGAUUUUUCCGGCGGCACUGCACCCAUUAAUUGGCUGGGAAGCGUAGACAUUUUAAAUCAAUUCAUUAAAACGAAAAAACCUGUCAAAUACGGGCAAUGCUGGGUCUACGCUGGAGUACUAACUACAGUGUGCAGAGCUAUCGGAAUACCUUGCCGUCCGGUUACCGCAUAUUGCGCAGCUCACGAUACACAAAAUAGUUUGACGAUCGAUUACUUAGUGGACGACGAUGGAAAAAUAAUAGAAGAACUACAAACUGAUUCAAUUUGGAACUAUCACGUGUGGAACGAGGUUUGGAUGGCCAGGCCCGAUCUGAACAUCUUGGACCGGAGCUGGCAAGUGAUCGAUGCCACACCGCAAGAGCUGAGCGAAGGCCAGUUUAAAUGUGGCCCAGCCAGCGUUACGGCUGUCAAAAAUGGUGACAUAAGAGCACCGUAUGACACGGCGUUUGUGUACUCCGAGGUGAACGCAGACAAGGUGUACUGGAGAUACUAUGGCAUAUCUCAACCAAUGAAGCUGUUGAGGAAGGACACGGAAGCAAUAGGCAAACUAAUAUGUACGAAAGCGGUUGGAAAAUGGGAACAGGAAAACAUUACGAACAACUACAAAUAUCCUGAAAAGUCAACUGAAGAAAGGAUCACUAUGCAUAAAGCAUUAAAACAAAAUAACAGCAUAUUUAGCCGUUAUUAUUUGAAUGAGGAUUUCAAUGAAAUCAAAUUUGAUUUUGAGUUAGUCGAUGAUAUUAUCGUGGGAGAAAACUUCAGGGUAGCGGUGAGAAUCACGAACAAAGGUCAUAAAGAUUACACAGUAAAAGUGAUAUUGCGGGUCGAUACAGUUGAUUAUACCGGUAAAAAUGGAUCUCUUGUCACCAAAGUCGAACAACAAAAAGUAGUACUUCACGAUCCAGGAUCAAACGUUGAAUUUGUCCAAACCGCGUUGACAUAUUUUGAUUAUGGUAACGAUGUAAAAAGCCAAAAUGUUUUCAACAUAUCAUGUCUGGCGAGCGUGGUCGACACAGACUACGAGUACUUCGGGCAGGACGACUUUAGGGUUAGAAAACCUGAUAUUGAAUUCGAAAUGCAUGAUAAACCUGCUAUGUCACGUGAAGUUCAGGCUACUGUAAAGUUUAGAAAUCCGCUGCCCCUGUCUUUGAAAGAUGGAAAAUUCUUCAUCGCUGGUUCAUCGUUACCUAAAACUCUGGAAAUCAAAGUUGGUAAAGUCAGCGCAAAAAAAACGACCAGUGUGUCGUUCAAAUUCACUCCACGAUUCACCGGAAAGCAAGUAAUUUCUGCGAAAUUUACGUCCAAACAACUGCAAGACGUCGAUGGUUAUUUACAAUUUAUGGUGUAAGAUAGGUAUCUUACACCAUAAAUAAGACUCUCAUACUUAAAAUAAGUAUCGCGUGUGAAUUGUUUUUUUUAUUUAUUGCUCUAAGUUAAAUAAUAUUAAUUGAUACAAUUUGUUUACUCCAACAUACAGCUAAUAUACCAAUUAUUUAGCGCUACUAAUGAGUUAAGGAACAGAAACUAGAACUAGACUGAAUUUAUAAUAUUUUAUAUUACAAAUCUUGUCGAAAUUCGAUUUAUUUUAUUAUACAAUACCUAUUUGAUGUAUUUUAACAACAUAAAACAUUAAAAUGCAUUCGGUAUUGAUUACCUACAUAGCUUUUGAAUUAAUUAUAAUAUACCUAUUACCUACAUAUUAUGGUCGUGAAGCCGUGAUUAUCUAAAAUUAUGAUGUUUUGUAUUUAAUUUAAGAAACAAUUUCAUAUUAUUUUUUUAUCAACAUAACAUUCACAUAUCUUAUUGUAAAUUUUUUGAAAAUAGCAUAAAAUUAACUUAAUGUAAUCAAUUAUAUUAUAUAUUUGUAUAAUAUGUAAUGGUAGAUACAUGUUUUUCUCAUCAAACUAAUUGUCAAUUAACAACUUUGUUUAUUAUAAUAUAUAUUACCUAUAGAUCUAUAUUAUGUAUAUAAUAUAUACCGAUUAUAUAAAUGAA